CAAAAAGUUCCGGGCAUUUAUUAGUUUUACAAUAUAAACCAGCAAAAUAUGGAUUCAAUUGCAAAUAAAAUUAUUACGUCUGGAAAAGACACCUCAGAACAGUUGCUUGAUGAACUUCUGGAAUUGAUUUCCUCCGUAUUUCAAUUCCCGGAAUUCGACCAAAAUAAUAUAAGGGAAAACUUAUGGGACGCCCUAUAUGAUACAUGCAGCAAUUCAAACAACAAUAACAUACAGUUCAAGUGCUUUUCAGCAGUUCGUAUCUUGAGCAGGGACAAAACCUCUCUAGCUAAAUUGGCAUCAGAAAAAUGGUUGGAUUUACUUAAAGAUCAUGCCAAAUUCACUGAAAAAUCCAUUCAGCUCACAGAUGAUGAACUCCAAGUAACCAUUGAAGCUGAAAAAUGUUUGUGCAAUAUUGUUUUCAACAACAAUAACUGUGCUGCAAAAUGUUCUACUAAUGGUACUUUGGACGCAAUUAUCGAGAGAAUUUCGCGGUUCAAGGAUAUUCAAUAUGAGGAUAUAAGAUUUUUCGACAUGAAAUUAUUGUUCAUAUUAUCAGCAGUAAGGCCAGAAAUUAGAAAGAAAAUUAAUAAAGAAAUGAAUGGAAUGACUUAUUUAAUGCAAGCUCUUGAUAUUAUUUUGGAGGAGUGCAUUGCUAAAGCAAACUUGGACGGCAACACACCCAACAUAAUGCUUUCAGAUACGCAAGUAAACAUCACUUGUGAAAUUUUAAAAGCUCUGUUCAACAUAACUUUACAUGUAAAUGAGGAAGAUGAGGAUGAAAUUAAAAUAUUCACUAAGUUAGUGAUAACACUGAGACAAUAUCUUUUGAUGCCCACAAGUAGCAGUGAAAAGAAGUGGGCUUUACAGAAUGACAUAAUCAACUUAUUAACAAAUGUACCAAGGAAAUCAUAUGAAGGCUUAUUGCUACCUGUAACAUCAAAAGAUAAUUUACCCAAUAAUCUUGUGUAUGAGGACACAAACUGUACUGCUAUUUAUGAAUUACUGCUGUUGUUAAAAGCAAAGCUAAACAAGGAACCUUCAGUUUCCAGUCAACACUUAAUUUUAUCCCCUCUUAUAACAGUUCUGUUAAAAAUGGCUGGUUCAAGUAGGACUUUAAGGAAGUAUUUAAAGGGACAAAUUCUUCCUCCACUGAAAGAUGUAAGAACCAGACCUGAACAAGGGGAUGAAUUGAGGAAUCACCUGUGCAGGUUAUUGACCACACCAAUUACUGAAGUCAGAGACUGUGUCUCAGAGUUCAUUUUCGUCCUCUGCAAGAAAAAUGUUAACAGAAUGGUAAAAUACACCGGAUAUGGAAAUGCGGCGGGUCUUUUCGCAAAACGUGGACUUCUUGGUGGUAGCAAAGACAAGGGGGAGGAUGAGUUCAGUUCCGAAGACGCCGAUAGUGAAACUGAAGAGUAUGCGGAGUUAAAACACGGAAUUAAUCCUGUGGUUGGUUGCUACGAAGAGCCACGUCCCAAUCCCAUGGAAAACAUGUCCGACGAACAGAAAGAAUAUGAGGCCAUUCGUCUGGUCAAUUUGAUUGAUAGUUUAACGAAGUGUGGAGCGAUUCAGCCUUGCAGAGUCGGGGAGGAUGGUAAACCGCAGCCUAUCGAGCACGUGCUUCAGUUGCAAGAAGGAAUAAAAGCGCAGAGUAAAUAUAAUCACGACGACGAUGACGAUUCCGAUUAGAACCGGAAUCCUUUCAAUGGUCAUGGCAGAAAAGAAAUUACAUUAAGGGUGAUUAAUUUAGCGCUUCCAGUAAGUUUUUUUCUUUAAUAGAUCAAAAUUGGUUGGAAAUGCUAAUUUAAUAGGAGUAUCAUUAAAUUAAUAAUAACUCUUUAACAUCACUUCCUUUCAAAAUCUGAAUUAUAAGUGUUUAAUGUAAGCAUUAUAAAUGUCUGAGAAACUUUAACUGAUGUAUUAAAAUUAGGUAUCACUUUCACCGUAUACUGUAUACUUUUAAUGUGUUUCAUCAUAUAUUAUACAAACCAAUAAAAAAUAAUUUUAAUUAA